GGUCGGUGGCCGGCCCGCGGUUAGAGGAGGUGCGGCGCUGGGAGGGGCCCGCGUGGCCGGCAGGCGCGAUGCUCUUCUCGCCGUGGGAGUUGGUUCAGUGGCUGGGCUUCGCCACCUUCCAGAUCUUCGUGCACCUGCUGGCAGUGCUGCGCCUCUUCUGGGUUCUCACGGUUCUUAGCCUCAAGUUCCUCUCUGAGAUGCUGCUGUGCCAGAAGCUGGUGGGGCAGACAACUGAGCUCUGGUUCAGCCUAAUCACAUCUCCGGUCUUCAUUCUCCUGCAGCUGCUCAUGAUCUGCGCCUGUCGUGUCAACUAG